AAAUGAAUAGAUGUUAUUUUGCAUAAAGUCUGCACCAAGUUAAAAGCUAAACCAGGAAGGAAGUUACCACCACUAUGCUAGAUGGGAGUGCUUCAGUGACAUGUGCUUGCUUUUGAGAAAACCAGAACUCUUCAGAUUAGUACUUGGAAUAAUUACCAUGUUUAUUUUAUGUUUACCUGAAUUUUUCAAAAUCCAUGAAGCUAACACUGUAAUUGUGUCAUGCAUGGAUACCUGUUCAUCAAAUAACACCACUUUUCCACUUUGUACUUUUAACAAUUCUUGCAAAAGAUCAGUGCAACACAGAAGAGAAAACCAGACUAUUUUACUGAAGGCAAUUGUAAAUCAUUCCAAUUUCCAAAAUAUUCCAUGUAUUUGCCAGUCCUCCAAGAGGGAACAACAGUCCCAUACUGAACACACAGAGUGUGAAUCCAAGAGAGAUGUGAAUGUUGAUGAUCAAGGAUCAGGGUCGGUAGCUAAAAAAAUUUUGUUUUAAUUUUUAUUUCCAAAAGCAAAAGGCUCACUUGAACUGGAAACAGAAGAUGUUACUGAUUUUUAUAAAUAUUUUAAUUUCACUACGGUUUCUGAGAAAGAAGAAGUAGAACGCAAUACUUACUACCUGCUGGAAAUCCACAUCAACAAUUCUAUAGUUGAAGGAAGAAAUGCAGCUGAAGAAUACCUAAAUCAUUCCUGUCUAGUGGCAAUGAUGGAAGACCAAAAUGACUGUAUAAAUAUUUCACUGCAACUGAAGUCUUACGUGGAAUAUCCAAUGUGUAUGACGAAGAUCGUUUGGCUCACUAUGAUUCCAGUAGUUUUUGUGUUUACUAUUUCAAUUGUCAUCUACAAAAUAGUCCAAGAAAGUGAACAAAACUGUUGUAAACACAGAGUAGCAGUAUCAGUUUCUACUAUUCUAAGAAGAAAGGGUUCCAGACAUGAAAGAAGAACCAUAUCUGCUACUAAAAUUCAUCCUUUUCCUGUGAAAACCACCAAACAACAGAUUCCACUUACUGCACAGACCACAAAGAUACUGCCCAUAAUUCCUGAACAAGAGCAUUGUCAUGUGGGUGCAUCAACUGUAGAAGUCCAGGUGCACGUGGACGCAAAACCUCCCGUGUGGGGUGGUUGGCACAAGAGAUCAGUAAGUAACUAAGUGUACGAGAGGGAUUUCUAUCCAGCUACAUUCAGAGUAUUGUCACUGCUGUCGUUUUCUAAAGAUACCCUCCCCUAG